UCUCCACCUCGCGUUCUAGCACUCGCACUCGCAGCACUCGACUCCCAGCGCUCUCUCAGACAGCACCAUGGGCGUCAAAGGCCUGUGGUCGCUGCUCAACCCCGUGGCGCGCCCCGUCCAGAUCGAGAGUCUGGAGGGCAAGCGCCUCGCCAUCGACUCGAGCAUCUGGCUCUACCAAUUUCAAUCAACGAUGCGCGACAAGGACGGGCGCGUACUCGUGAACGCACACGUACUGGGCUUCCUACGGCGUAUAAACAGGCUGCUGUUCCAUGGCAUCAAGCCGGUGUUUGUGUUCGACGGCGGCGCGCCGGCGCUGAAGCGAGCCACGAUUGCGGAGCGUAAGCGGCGCAAGCUUGGUGCAGCACAGAGCCACGCAAGAAUGGCGGAGAAGCUGCUGCAUGCGCAGAUGCGGCGCGCGGCCGUAACGCUGGCCCAAGAGGCAGAAGAUCGAAGAGCUGCGCGGAUAGCUGCGCGAGCAGCGGGCACGUUUGAGGAAAGCGAAGCGAUCCCAGAAAACGCAGUAUAUCUCGAUGAGCUGGAGGGCCGGCCCGCCCCUCGCCCAGUGACGGCCGAGAACUCUGCCGCAAGUGUCAGCGAGCCGCCAAAGAAGAAGUACAAGAGAGACCGAUACGAACUGCCAGAAGCGAGCAUGCCGGCAUACUCGACUGACGACCGACCAGACGCCCGUUUAGCGACAGAGGAAGAGCUGAAGCAUUUCAUCGAGGAUGUAGGCCCCACUGACAUUGACGUUGAAAGUCCCGAGUUUCGCGCGCUUCCCACCGAGGUGCAGUACGAGAUUAUCGGUGAUCUUCGCGUACGCAGCAGGCAGCAGAGUCACGCUCGCCUGACCGCCAUGUUGAAGAACGCGCCGACUGCCCUCGACUUCUCAAAGGCGCAGAUCAAGCAUCUCUCUCAACGCAACGCGCUCACCCAGCAACUGCUGACAGUGACCGACAGCGUGGGCAAGGCGCAUCUCACUAUUCCUGUGCGAGUCGCGAGCGAGCGCAGUCGUGAGUAUGUACUCGUGAAGCGAAGUCAGGACGAAGGCGGAGGUUGGGCUCUGGGAAUCCGAGACGGGACAAAGGACAAGCCAAUCGAGCUCGAGCCGGAGACGGAGAACGACCGGAGAAUGCGCCUCGCUGCCGAGCGCCGAGUCAUGAAGGAGGAGGACAGCGUUUCAGACUCGAGCAUCGAGGAGGUCAAGCCUCAGGAGGAAGUCGCCAAAGACUUGCGCGACCAUCGCCGCCGCGAGGUCCUGGAAGCAAUCAGGCGGCGUUACGCGCCCGCUCCUAGGAAGGAGAAGGACGACCUGCCGCCUACUCGGCGGAACAAGAAUGCUGCGCCGCUUUUUGACAUCGACGAGGACAUCAUACCGACCGCGCACGAUGAGGCGCUUGCUCUCGCUCUGCAACAGGAGGAGCUGGGCAGCGAGGAGGACGAGCCGGAUGUGGAGCUAGCGCGUGCGCUUGCGUCGUCCCGCCGCGCACCGUCAAGUCCCCCACCGGUUGUGGCGCCAAGUAGCGACGAUGACGAGUUCGAGGAGGUGUCCCUCGUCCCCUCGGUUGGCGUAUCCCGCGCCAACUCUGUGCACGAGACGAUCGAGAUCAGCAGCGACGAGGAGAACGAGGGCUCGCCUAAUCCCACAGCAGCCCCGGCAGUUGUCGAGGAGAGCGACGAGGAUGAGCUCGAACUUGUCGAGCCACCAGAUACUCGUCCAGCUGCGCCGACUAGCUCGCUGGCGGCCAAAGUGGCCGCGGCUCGUACGCAAGCGCCUAUUGCUCGACCGUCCUCUUCGGCGCCAACGGCUGGGCGGCCGUUCACAGCCGCAAUUGAGCCAAACAGACCCUCGUCCACUCACCAGGCUGCGACGGCGUUCAGUGCGCAAACAGCACCCCAAGCCUCCGCGCUCACAACGGCGCCUGUUCCUCGACCGGCACGGGAGCCGCAGGGGGCACGCCAUCCGGAGCCAUCUCGGUUGGUGGCUGAACCAAGGCGGUUAGCGACAGGCGUCGGCCAACCUCCGCCAGCAGCUGAGCUCCCACCCGCCCCGCGAUCGCCCUCCCCUCGCAGAACUGCACCGUCCCCUUCUCCCCCACUCCGCACCGCGCCCUCUCCUCCGCCUCUGCUCAGGGGCGCUCCCUCUCCGUCACCUCCACCACAACUCACCGAUCCGCUGAGAGGAGCUCCUUCUCCCUCGCCUCCACCAGCGGAGCCUGCAUUCGUGCCGGUAUCUGACUCCGAGGAUGAGCUCGAGCAGGUUUCCACCGCGCCAACCCGCGCCACCACUCCCCACAUUUUGGGUACCGUCACCCCUAGCGAGAGAGAGUCAACUCAACAGAACUCUCUUCCUGCUCCCAGCCGACUGCGUCACAAUGCCCAUGAUGAAGACACGGAUGAAGAGGGUGACGACGAAAUUGACUGGUCCCGGUCACCAAGCCCUGUGUUGCGGAAAGGCUCAAUGGGCAACUCGCUGUCCGCGCUUGCUUCCGCCGUCGAAGAUUCCCAGCCUGGCGAGGGGUCCCGUCGAGAGUCCAUGAAUGUGUCCGAGUACGCCUCAGACGGUGAAAUGGGCGCGGACGACAUGGAGGCCGAGGAGGACGAGUAUGCCCGAUUCCUUGCGCAGAUUCAAAAUCGCGACCUAGCAGCGGUGCGCACCGAAAUCGACGAUGAGAUACGUAUUCUCAACCAGCAGACCAAAGCGGCAAUGCGUGACUCAGACGAAAUCACACAGAGCAUGGUCGUGCAGAUCCAAACGCUGCUGCGGCACUUUGGCAUCCCAUACAUCACAGCGCCGAUGGAGGCUGAGGCACAGUGCGCCAAGCUUGCCGAGCUCAAUCUGGUUGACGGGAUCAUCACUGAUGACUCCGACGUGUUCCUCUUCGGCGGGUCCACCUGCUUCAAAAACAUCUUCAACGACGCCAAAUACGCUGAGUGCUACGCGGCGACCGACAUCGAGCGGGAGCUGAGCCUCCCUCGCCAUCGUCUGAUCGAGCUGGCCUACCUUCUUGGCUCAGAUUACACGAUCGGCCUUCCCGGCAUUGGGCCGGUGAUGGCACUUGAGCUUCUUGCUAACUUUCCCGGCGAUGGCGGCCUACUACGCUUCAAGGAGUGGUGGACGUCCGUGCAGAUUGGCAAAGACGACGUCACGGUCGAAACCAAGUGGAAACGGAGCUUCAAGAAGCGCUUCACAGGCACCCUCCACCUCGGUGCGGAGUGGCCCAAUCCCCUCGUCCGCGACGCCUACUUCCACCCGCAGACGGACGAGAGCGACGAGCCGUUCCAUUGGGGCUUCCCCCGCCUCUCGGCCCUCCGGACGUAUCUGCACGAGGAGCUGAGCUGGAGCAUUUCCAAGGUGGACGACGAGCUCACGCCGAUCGUGCAGCGCAUUGCUGCGCGCGGCCGCGGCGCCGUCCCGCGUCAGAGCACGCUGUUGCCGUACUUUGACCACUCCGCGGCAGCGGGCAGCCUGGCUCCGCGCCGUCGUACAACGGCCAACGUGAGCAAGCGGCUGCUGAGCGUUAUAAAGGAGUUCCGGGAGGCCGAGGCACGGGCCGCCGGGCAGACGCCGCAGGGAUGGGGCGAGAUGCUGGCGGGCGUCGACGAGGAGGAUCCGAAGGGAGUGGGGAAAAAAGACAAGGACAAGGGUAGAGGUAGAGGCAAACAGAAGGAGAAGGAGGGCGAGGGCGAGGGCGGGGGGGCUGAGACACAGAAUGGAGAGGCAGAGGGCCCGAAGCGUAGAACUCGCAAGGCGCCGGCGAAGCGCGCGUCGAGAAGCGCGACGGCCGCGUCAGAGGAGGAGGCGCCGAAGCCGCGAAAGCGGCGGAAGGCAGUGUAGCCAUAGCGAUGUAGCUGUUGUGGUAGAGGUGACGUUUAAGAUCUUGAGC